ACUUCUCUCUCUCUCUCUCUCUCUCUCUCUCUCUCUCUCUCUCUCUCAUGGGCAUCAAACCUUUUCUAUGUUUCCGACCGAAUCCGAGUUCGGUAGUGAAACUGAUCUUCUGGGAAGGAACCACUAGGGUUCUCACCGGAAAAAAGCUGGCCGGAGAGAUCAUGUUCGAGUUUCCAGACCACAUGGUUUGCCAUGCAGAUUCGUUCUUCAUCGGCCGCCCGAUCCCUUCCCUCUCCAUCGACGACGAGCUCGUGAAAAACCAAACCUACUUCGUCCUCCCGCUCGAUCGCUUCCCAUGCAACGUCCUCUCCGCUUCUUCUCUCUCCUCCUUAGCCUCGAGCCCCAAACGGUCUCCCAUAAAUUGCAAGGUGCGCCCUUUCGAGUACGUAAAGGGAUCUAACGGGAGGGUUUCGAUUAGGGUUUUGCCGGAGUUUUUGAUACAAGUUAUUACAAGGGGUAAGGGACUAAGCGAAGAAGGAAAGGAUAGCAACUGUCCUGAUAGCCAUGGAUUCCUUUGCAGCACGCCGGAGUUGAAGAAACACUACGAUCAGCUGGUUGGGUCUAGGGAUCAGGUUUGGUCGCCCAAGCUUGAAACCAUUGCCGAAUACAAGGUUAGGUUUUCACCAUGUUGGUUUUUAGGGUUGGAAAGGAAACAGAAAGAGCACUGAUUAAGUAGCGAAGUUGUAUUGUGUUCUCAUUGGUACUUUUCAUUUUCAAAUUUGGACAAUAUGUUCACAAACUUGUACAAAGAUUGUUGAGUGGAUGUCAAAGAUUUGAUUAGUUUUGAACAA